UGCUUCCGGAAAAGCAUUUUCGUGCUUUGGAGAAACAGGUCUCCGCGUGUGUGGAGACAGUGGCGUGGCCUCCGAGGUUGAGAUCUGCCGGCGUCGCGAAGCUGGAGACGCAAACAUGUCAACCAUGGAAGAAAGCUUCCCUCGUGGGGGCACAAGAAAGACCCACAAAUCAGAAAAAGCUUUCGAGCAUUCAAUUGAACAAGACAAUUUAUUUGAUAUUUCUGCUGAAGAGGAGUCCACCAAAAGGAAAAAGAGCCAGAUAGGGCCAGAAAAGUCAAAAAAGUUGAAAAUCGAAAAGAGAGAAAGUGGCAAGUCUAUAAAAGAAAAGUUUGAAAUCCUUCGUAUUGAGUCCCUGUGUGAGGGAAUGCGGAUUUUGGGUUGUGUGAAAGAGGUAAAUGAACUAGAACUGGUGAUUAGUCUCCCCAAUGGCCUCCAGGGGUUUGUGCAAGUAACUGAAAUCUGUGAUGCUUACACCAAAAAGCUGAAUGAGCAGGUGACGCAAGAAGAACCUCUGAAGGACCUGGCCAGCUUGCCUGAACUCUUCUCUCCUGGGAUGCUGGUGAGGUGUGUGGUGAGCAGUCUGGGCAUCACAGAGAAAGGCAGAAAGAGUGUCAAGCUAUCUCUGAACCCCAAAAACGUCAACAAAGUGCUGAGUGCAGAAGCCCUGAAGCCUGGCAUGCUGCUCACAGGCACUGUGUCCAGUCGGGAAGACCAUGGCUACCUAGUGGACAUUGGUGUUGUUGGGGCCAGAUCUUUCCUGCCACUGCAGAAAGCUCAGGAUUAUGGCAGACAGAAGAACAAAGGCGCUGAACUGAAGGUGGGUCAGUACCUGAACUGCGUCAUUGAAGAGGUGAAAGGCAAUGGCGGAGUUGUUCGCCUGUCUGUCAGUCAUUCGGAAGUUUCUACUGCCAUUGCUACCGGGGAGCAAAACUGGACCCUUAAUAAUUUGCUACCUGGACUGGUGGUCAAAGCCCAGGUACAGAAGGUGACUCCACUGGGCCUUACGCUGAACUUCCUCUCAUUCUUCACUGGACUGGUUGAUUUUAUGCACUUGGAUCCCAAGAAAGCUGGAACAUAUUCUUCAAAUCAAGCAGUAAGGGCCUGCGUCCUCUGUGUCCAUCCUCGGACCAGGGCUGUGCGGCUGAGCCUGCGCCCCGUCUUCCUGCAGCCCGGGCGCCCACUCACCCGGCUGUCUUGUCAGCACCUGGGAGCUGUCCUGGAUGACAUUCCUGUCCAGGACUUUUUCAGCAAGGCUGGGGCCACAUUCAGACUGAAGGAUGGGUCUCUGGCCUAUGCUCGGCUCAGCCAUCUCUCUGAUUCUAAGAGUGCCUUCAAUCCUGGGGCCUUCAAGCCAGGAAACACUCACAAGUGUAGAAUCAUCAACUACAGCCAAAUGGACGAACUGGCUUUGCUCUCGCUGCGGACGUCUGUUAUUGAAGCUCAGUACCUGAGCUUUCAUGACAUCAAGCCUGGGGCAUUGGUAAAGGGCACAGUGCUGACCAUAAAGCCAUACGGGAUGUUGGUGAAGGUGGGUGAGCAAAUCAGGGGCCUGGUACCUCCCAUGCAUCUGGCUGAUGUCCUGAUAAAGAAUCCAGAGAAGAAGUACCACAUUGGGGAUGAAGUCACAUGCCGGGUUUUGCUUUGUGACCCUGAAGCCAAAAAGCUGAUGAUGACCCUGAAGAAAACCUUGGUUGAGUCCAAACUUCCUGCCAUCACCUGCUAUGCCGAUGUCAAGCCUGGUCUGCAGACACAUGGCUUCAUCCUCAGGGUCAAGGACUAUGGCUGCAUUGUGAAGUUCUACAAUGAUGUGCAGGGACUGGUACCCAAGCAUGAGCUCAGUUCCGAGUAUGUCCCUGACCCAGAGAGGGUCUUUUAUAUCGGCCAGGUGGUGAAGGUUGUGGUGCUAAACUGUGAGCCAUCCAAAGAGAGGAUGCUCUUGUCCUUCAAGCUAUUGAGUGAUCCAAAGAAAGAGCACUCGGGACGCAGCCAGAAGAAAGGAAAAACCAUUCACGUUGGGCAGUUGGUGGAUGUGAAGGUUUUAGAGAAGAGCAAAGAUGGGCUGGAGGUGGCUGUGCUGCCCCACAACAUCCCAGCUUUCCUCCCCACGUCUCACCUGUCGGACCACGUCGCUAAUGGCCCACUGUUGUAUCACUGGCUCCAGGCUGGUGAUACCCUUCACAGAGUGCUGUGUCUGAGCCAGAGUGAGGGCCAUGUCCUCCUUUGUAGGAAGCCAGCGUUGGUUUCCACAGUAGAGGGUGGCCAGGAUCCCAAGAGCUUCUCAGAAAUCCAGCCUGGAAUGCUGCUCAUUGGUUUCGUGAAGAGCAUCAAGGACUACGGUGUGUUCGUCCAGUUCCCUUCAGGUCUCAGCGGACUGGCCCCCAAAGCUAUCAUGAGUGACAAAUUUGUGACCUCCACAAGUGACCACUUUGUCGAGGGGCAGACGGUGGUGGCGAAGGUGACCAACGUGGAUGAGGAGAAGCAGCGGAUGCUGCUGUCUCUGCGGUUGUCAGACUGCAGUCUGGGGGACCGGGCCACCACCAGCCUUCUGCUCCUGAGCCAGUGCCUGGAGGAGCGGCAGGGCGUGCGCAGUCUCAUGAGCAGCCGAGACUCUGUGUUGAUGCAGACGCUGGCCGAGAUGAUCCCAGGGAUGGUCCUUGACCUGGAGGUGCAGGAGGUGUUGGGAGAUGGCUCUGUGGUGUUCAGCGAGGGCCCGGUGCCUGGCCUGGUUCUGAGAGCCAGCAGAUACCACCGGGCAGGGCAGGAGGUGGAAGCUGGGCAGAAGAAGAAGGCCGUGAUCCUGCAUGUUGACACGGUGAAGUUGGAAGUGCACGUUUCCCUGCGCCACGAUUUGGUGAAUAGAAGAGCUAAAAAGCUGAAGAAAGGCAGUGAGCACCAGGCGGUGGUGCAGCACCUGGAGGAGCCCUUUGCCAUCGCCUCCUUGGUGGAGACUGGCGACCUGGCAGCUUUCUCCCUGACCACUCAUCUCAACGACACCUUCCGCUUUGACUCGGAGAAGUUGCAGGUGGGACAGGGCGUGUCCCUAACCAUCAAGACUACGGAACCGGGAGUGACUGGCCUUCUUUUGGCUGUUGAGGGGCCAGCUGCUAAGAGGACCAUGAGACAGACCCGGAAGGACUCUGAGACAGUCGACGAGGAUGAUGAAGGGGAUCCAGCAGUGGUUGUAGGGACUAAAAAGGAGCAUGCCCUCUCCAUUGGGGACAUGGUCACAGGGACCGUCAAGUCCAUUAAGCCCACCCAUGUGGUUGUGACCCUGGAAAACGGCAUCAUUGGCUGUAUCCAUGCCUCCCACAUUCUACAUGAUGUUCCAGUGGGCACAUCUCCUACUGCCAAGCUGAAAGUCGGGAAGACGGUCACUGCCCGAGUGAUUGGCGGGCGAGACAUGAAGACGUUCAAGUUUCUCCCGAUAAGUCAUCCCAGAUUUAUUCGAACCAUCCCGGAGCUGAGUGUUCGGCCAAGUGAGUUGGCGAAGGAUGGCCACACUGCCCUCAACACGCACUCCGUCAGCCCUUCAGAGAAGAUUAAGCAGUACCAGGCUGGCCAGACCGUGACUUGCUUCCUGAAGAAGUACAAUGUGGUUAAGAAAUGGCUGGAGGUGGAGAUUGCUCCAGACAUCCGGGGAAGAAUUCCCUUGUUGCUCACUUCUCUUAGCUUCAAGGUUCUGAAACAUCCUGAUAAGAAGUUUCGGAUUGGCCAGGCCCUGAAGGCCACCGUGGUGGGCCCUGAUUCCUCCAAGGCCUUCUUGUGUCUCUCGCUCAUAGGUCCUCACAAGCUUGAAGAGGGGGAGGUGGCCAUGGGCCGAGUGGUGAAGGUGACUCCCAACGAGGGGCUGACCGUCUCCUUCCCCUUUGGGAGGACCGGCAGCGUCAGUCUGUUUCACGUGAGUGACUCCUACUCAGAGACGCCCCUGGAAGACUUCACCCCCCAGAAGAUUGUCAGGUGUUACGUCCUGUCGACUGCAGACGAAGUAUUGACUUUGUCACUGCGAUCGUCUAGGACAAACCCAGAGACGAAAAGCAAAAUAACAGACCCCGAGAUUAACUCCAUCCGGGACGUUCAGGAAGGGCAGCUCCUAAGGGGCUUUGUGAAGUCCGUCCAGCCGCACGGUGUGCACUUCGGCCUUGGCCCCUCCGUUGUGGGUUUGGCCCGGUACCCACAUGUCUCCGAGUGCAGCCCGUCCAAGAAAGCCCUUUAUACCAGACACCUCCCCGAGGGGAAACUGCUCACAGCCAAGGUCCUAAGGGUGAACCACCAGAAGAACCUGGUAGAGCUUUCGUUCCUCCCCAGUGACACGGGGAAGCAGGACGUGUUGACUGCCCCCCUAGGACAGCCACUGCCAAAGCAAGGGGAGAGGCAAGGAGAGGCAGAGGAGAGACACCACAGAGAGGAGGGAGAGAAGGAGAGGAAGAAGAAGAACCAGGAGAGGAAAGAGAAGAGGGAGCAGAAGGGGCAGGCGGAGGCACAGAUGCCCAGCAAAGAGAAGAAAGAGCCUCAGCAGCCACGAGCAAAGAAGCAAGGCAAGCGGCCGCGCCCGGAUUCCAGAAGCAAGCAGGAAGGGGUAAACAAGAAGCAAAAGAAAGCCGCUCCAUCCGAAGAGGACGACAGUGGUGUUGAAGUGUAUUACCGGGAAGGAGAAGAAGAGAUCGAAGAGAGGAGUGUGCUGCCCAAGGAAAAGCAGACCAGACCAGCAGAACUGCCCCGGCUGCAGCUGUCUGCUGGCUUCGUCUGGGACGUGGGGCUGGACUCUCUGACCCCAGCCUUGCCGCCUCGAGGAGAGAGCUCAGACAGCGAGGAGGAUGAGAAGCCACAGCCAGCCACGAAGAAGAAAAGCAAGAAGGAAAGGGAGCUGGAAAAGCAGAAGGCGGAGAAAGAGCUGUCCCGCCUUGAGGAGGCGCUGAUGGAUCCCGGGCGACAGCCAGAGUCAGCAGACGAUUUUGACCGGCUGGUGCUGAGCUCCCCCAACAGCUCCAUCCUGUGGCUGCAGUACAUGGCCUUCCACCUGCAGGCCACAGAGAUCGAGAUGGCCCGGGCCGUGGCCGAGAGGGCUCUCAAGACCAUCUCCUUCAGAGAGGAGCAGGAGAAGCUGAACGUGUGGGUGGCCCUGCUGAACCUAGAAAACAUGUACGGCUCUCAGGAGUCACUGACCAAGGUCUUCGAGCGGGCUGUCCAAUACAAUGAGCCUCUCAAGGUCUUUCUCCAGCUGGCUGACAUCUACACCAAGUCAGAGAAGUUCCAGGAAGCUGGGGAGCUCUACAACCGGAUGCUGAAGCGUUUCCGGCAGGAGAAAGCUGUCUGGGUCAAAUAUGGCGCCUUCCUUCUGCGGAGGGGCCAGGCCGGGGCCAGUCACCGGACGAUGCAGCGAGCCCUCGAGUGCCUGCCUCAAAAAGAGCACGUGGAUGUGAUCUCCAAGUUCGCCCAGCUUGAGUUCCAGCUGGGCGAUGCGGAGCGGGCCAAAGCCAUUUUCGAGAACACACUGAGCACCUACCCAAAGCGCACAGAUGUCUGGUCGGUCUACAUCGACAUGACCAUCAAGCAUGGCAGCCAGAAGGAAGUCCGGGACAUCUUUGAGCGGGUCAUUCACCUGAGUCUGGCCCCCAAGCGAAUGAAAUUCUUCUUCAAGCGCUACCUGGACUACGAGAAGCAGCACGGCACUGCGAAGGACGUGCAGGCAGUGAAGGCCAAGGCCCUGGACUAUGUGGAGGCCAAGAGCUCCGUGCUGGAGGGCUAGCGGCAGGCUGGCUCGGAUGGCCACGGUCCAUGGCGCGCCAGCCUGGCCGAGCCUCGCGCUCCCAGCAGUUGAAAACCAUGUUGCCCGAGGACUGUGUUUAAGGGCUGUGUUGCCUGCAGCCUCCUUGGGGUAAUCCUGUUAGGAUAAAAAGGCAUUCGAGAUUCCUUAUAAAUUGCUCUUUGUUA